CCAUGGAAACUUUCUCACCAUAACAGGAGGAAUGGGAAUAGUUAACUAAAAUAAUUAUCAAAAGAUCCGAUAAGAUUGGUAAUUUUCGUUUCUGGAAUGUUAACCGCCAGAUGUAAUUUUUUUAUUCAAGAGCCAGAUUACUCUGGUUUAAGAUCUUUAAAGCUGAUAGACUCCAAGCACAAUAAAAUAGUUUGAAGGUUUUUGUUGACACAUUAAGGCGACUCACAAUAUACAAUAAAAGAGGAUCAAGAAAUGAUGUCAGGAAAUAAUUGAGUGCUUUGAUAUGAACACCAUAAAGUUAAUAGUGUAAUAAUACCUAAUACCAAUUUUUUUCAUGUGAUCUUUGUUUGAUUUAAGUUGCUUAUUUCUAAGAAUAAACCUGACAACUUCGUAGAUUACUUUAGGGUUCGUUGAGUCUGAAAAUUGAACAGGAACUUUUUUUUUGUAAAUUAUAGGAGUUAAUCGUGUAGAAAUUGCUGCAGAAUACAUAGAUAUAUGAUAUAAUACAUUUCAAACUGAGAAACACCGCAAAUUUGAAAUCGUGGUUUAUGUUUAUCUUUUAUCUUAUAGAAAACCUCAAUUCGUGAGGAAACAUUUAAAAUUUUAUAUUGAGAAACAUUAUUUCCUAAUAUUUCAUGAAAUCCAAUCCCAUAAAAUUUUGAAAAAAAUGAAAAAUAAAAAUUCGAGGAAAGCAUGGGGCAAAAUUAGAAUAUAUAAAUCGUGUCAAACUGGUAUGAGUGUACACAUUUGGUAAAUUUAUAGUGGAAAAUACUCAUUUUAUUCUAUUCUACACUCUUUAUAUUCACUAUACGUGAAUAAAUUAAAUGACUAUUCUUUUAAUUCUAUAAUUUAGAUUCAAACAAAUAAAAAUCGAACAAUGGCAUUGUUUUCUUAUAUAUGAAAUAAGAAGAUAAUUGGAUUGAUCAAUUUCAUAUUGUCGUUCAUCAUAGAACGAUGAAGGUUUUGACGACAAUACUGCUUUCAACAGUUCUCACUAAGCAUCCAGCCUUGGGAGGGUACUGGUAUUUUGGAGAAGAUCAAAUAGAUCCUCUUACUGGAAUGACCGACUCGGAAAAAGGCUCUAUAAGAUCUUCUUGGAAAUACAUGAUGAAGGAUCCUAUCAAAUACGGUUCUAUGAUAUUACAGAACUUUUUCCAGAAACACCCAGAAUACCUAGAAUUCUUCCCAUUCAAGGAUGUAACAAUUGAAGAAUUAACAAGCAACAAGAAGUUCCUCGUGUACUUGAACUUCAUGAUGUAUACUUUAGACGCUAUAGUCGACAAUUUAAGAUUAGAUCCGGCAGUCAUGAAGGCCAUCUUGAGGAAACUUGGAGUGAACCACUUGAAAAGCAAUGUGGGCGUUGUGGAACCAUUUUGGGACCUACGUGAUAUGAUUCUGGAUUACAUCAGACCAUUGGUGAACAGAAACACGUACGAGGCAUGGGCAAAGUUUUCAAAUAUGACGAUGCAUCACAUCACCUCAGCCAUUGUGGAUGAACAAAAUGCAUUCGAGCAAGGAAAACGCGAUCUACGUUGAAAAAAAUGAAGUUAUCCAUUUUGGUCUUGUUUUAUUUUAUCCUGAUCAUGUCUACUUUUUUUUUUAUUUGAAUUAAAUUAUUUGAAAUUGUU